ACGAAGAUGGCAAAAAACUCAAAGUUUUAGGUCUCCGGGAAAUUUUCCCUCUUCUUUUUUCGUCCUCUCUCCCUUCCUCUUCCGGCUCCGGGUCCCGCGCUGGCUCUUUCCUGUUUGUUUCUCGGGAAACAGACGGAAAAUGCUCGUUUCUGUCUUUGACGGUGGAUGAUUGCUUGCUCUUCCCAGAUCUUCCGGCCCAUUUAUUCCUUGAGAAGAGGUGCUUGGUUUGGUUCUUUGAUGUUCUUGAUGAUGGGAGCAGUCUGAAUAAUGGAAUCCUCGGUCUCUUCUGCUAGAUUCAGGAGGGUUUAGGAACUUACUGAUACAUAGUUUCAUGAAAAAGCCCUUGUCUUUCUUUACCUGAGAAUCUGAAAUCAAAUUUCAGUUUUUCAGCCAUGGAUUCAGACAUCACUUUGCCUCCUACAUGUGUAUUGAAGUGUUGUGAUUGUGAUUGCGAUUGUUCCGUGGUUGCCAGUUCUUCUUCUGGUCUGUGGAACCGAACCGUGAAAAGAAAGUAUGAAGAGUUUAAGGAAGGGAACCGAUUCUUUUUACCGGGCUUUGAUCCAUAUUCGAAUGCUAAGAUCCUUGCUGAAGAUGAAUGUAUCGUGUUACGGGAAGCUCUUUCUUGCCAACGGAAAGCAGCAGAAGAUUUGUAUGUGGAGCUCGAAGAGGAGAGGAAGGCGGCCUCAUCAGCCGUGAACGAGACCAUGCUGAUGAUAUUGAGGUUGCAGAGGGAAAAGGCUGAGAUUCAGAUGGAAGCUCGGCAGUUCAAAACUUACGCAGAGGAGAAAAUGUCGCACGAUCAAGAAGAACUCGUGGGUUUAGAGGAGUUGUUGUAUGAAAAAGAGCAGGCUAUCGAGGCUCUGUCAUAUGAGGUUGAAGCAUGUAAGCAUAGAAUGCUAAGCUAUGGUUUCACCGAGGCAGAGAUACAGGGCGAGAGAUUUGGUUUCAGCCGAAACCCUAGCGUGAUUGGUGUUGAUGCACAAUAUGAUGUAUAUGCCCAUGAUUAUACCCCUGUAAAAUGUAAUGUGAACGGUACACCGAGGGCAUCAGAGGGUAAUGCUGAUUUUGGGGGCGUAGAAAAAUGUCAAUUCCCCGAGUCUCCGAGUGGGCAAGAGCAUUUUAAAUGUUUGGAGCGGAGGAUAAGUCAAUUGGAACAUGAUAGAGAGGAUGUCAUAGAAAAGAUGAUAGUUGGUCAGUCUCCUAGAUGGCGAGGUCAUGCCCGCAGGCUCUCGAUGGACAGUUUCGGUUUAAAUUCGCCUUUGGGAACCGCGAGAGAAUUAAAGGAGACAUUUUUCACGGACUCUCCCAGGUCUACUAGUAGCUUCAAGAAGAUGGAAUCUGUUCAUAUAGAUUCUGCAUUGGAAGUCCAGGAUGACAUGAGUGACCGUGUUUACACAAUAGACUCGGUCCAUGUUGGAGUUUCAGAGAUUGGCAUUGAUGAGGCUAAGACAACUGGGACCAAGUCUUUCGCUAAUUUUUCGAAUUCUCCUAGAUACCAAGAAUCUUUUGUGAAUCAUCGGGGAGUUAACGAGCCAGAUAUCGAGAAACUUUUCACGAGGCUUCAGGCACUUGAAGCAGACAAGGAAUCGUUGAGACAGGUCAUUUUAUCUAUGCGAACGGACAAAGCCCAGUUGGUGUUGUUGAAAGAAAUUGCACAGCAUUUAUCGAAGGAAAUGAGUUCAGACAAGCGAAUGCCUAUGAGAAAGACGCCGUUUCUUGGAACUUUCUCCGUUGUGACAGUCUUCAAGUGGAUCACAUCUGUUCUUUCGUGGAAAAGACGAGCAACACAAAAGAAGUACGUGUACAGGGUAUCGGCAAAUAAUAUGGGCUUGUUGAUGUUCAUAGACAAGGGAUGUCGGACAAGGGCAUGGAAAUGUUUCACAAGUACACAAGUCUAGGCAUACUGUCUUUAGGACGAGUUGAUGUCCUUUGUUUCUCAUUUUUAUCAUGGCAGAAAAUGUGGCUUGAACGCCAACCUUCAUGUAGUAAUCUUCAAACUGCAAAAUGAAACUCUGUUUCCAGUUGUGUGU